GAGAUAAAAAUAUAUUAAGGUUACGGAGCUUUAAUUACGGUACGGUAUCUCAGAAACUAGAAACGGAUUCUUUCGCAGUGCUUGUUGAAAUAACGCAGUAUCUAGUCGGAAGCUCUGAGUCCGCUAAUUCUCGCGAGUUUCGAAGAAGCUCUGAGUCUAGCUCCAAAGAAGUAGAAGACGUAGACCAGCACCACCACCAGCAGAGAAAUGAAGGCCAAAGUGGCCAUAGCCCAUUGUGCAGACAUAUCCUCAAACAUGGCAAUACCAGCGUGAGCUAGCGCAGCAGCAAUAGAAAAUGAAGGAAUGGUGAAUGCAGCAAUACCAGAGUUGCUCAAUCCUGCCUCCGAAUAGCUGUCGAUGAUAUAGUUCAACAUAGCGAGCCACAGCAAUGGAUCGGCAAUGGCCAGAACAAAUCCAGCCACGAUAGGCGACCAGUAGUUGACGCUUCCAUCACAUGUGAAGGCGAACCAAAAGAGCGAAAUAGGGAAUCCCCAAACAGUGACCAGAGAAAUCAGGAACCUGGCUUCUGGUCUCGGAACACCGCCGUUCUUCUUUCUGUCACGGCUAAACAGCCACGUCUGGAUUGGAACUAGACAAACCACGCACGCAGCACCCACAACGAAGUUCAGAUAAGUCACCUCAGCUCCCAUGUAUGAAAGAUUGUUGUUGUAAACGAAAACGGUGAAGAUACCAUCCAGGUACAGGAAAAGCAGACCAUAGGCAAAACCGUUGAAUAGACCAAGGAAGAUGAUGAUAGGCUCGGUGACCAUCAUUUUCAAGGCCAUGACAAACACGAACUUUAUUUCAUUGAUUGCGCUGACUUUUUCCACCACGAUGGUAGUGUUUGGAUCCUUUGGAUCGGCAACUUCAUUCAGGAAAUCUUGAUCCCUGCCAGUAAGUGUGUUGAAGAAGUAUUUGAACUCUCUGAUGAUUACAGGCGGCACGUCUUUACCUUCAACAGCCAUUCUUUCUGGAAUGACAAUUCUUGGCAACGUUUCUGGAACAAACAUCAGGCCGACAAAAAAGGCAGCACCAAUGAUGAUGUUGAUAAGGAACACCCAUUUGUAUCCCAAGCUCAGAUUUUCACCGAUGGCUUCUCCAACAACACCUCCAAUAGAUGGACCGGUGUUGGCGGAGAAAACAAACAGCGCCAUUGGUUGGGAGGCCAUAUCCGAGUUUCCAAACAGAUCUCCAAUGGUACCAGCAACGUUGGACAGAGCAGUAGAGCCGCAAAGUCCAAUGAUAAACAUGAAAAUGGCAAGCAUUGGCAUGUUUUUAGGAUAUGCACAGCCUGAAAUGUUAGUAAAACUGAGACAAACACAAACUUACCAAAGUUGAAGAUAACAUAAAGAAGGGUCGAAAACACAUAAACCCAUUUUCUACCUCCGAUAUCCGAAAGCGGACCCAGAAAUGCUGGUCCUAUUGCAGUGCCCAAAAUGAACAUCGACUGCCCCAGAGCCGAAACUUGGGUGCUGACACCAAAUCUUUCCUGCACCAAAAACUCAACAGCAACGUAACUUGUCGAGGUCAAAGUCACAUAAGUUUGCAGGGUACAGUAUAUGAUGGUGAUAAGAUACUUCUGCCAGACAGGCCAGUUGAAAGGAUGGUAUGGGUUGUCCAAAGUGAACAAAACAGAGGCCUCAACGGGGUCCUCUGUGAUGUUCCCCAGUUCCAGUCUUUUUUGUUCAGAGGUGAUAGAGGUAACUUGCUUUUCUGGCUCGGCGCCAGCAGUCUUCUCUUCUGAAGACUCGCGGGAGAACAUUGUAAGUCGAGUUUAUUCGCGACGUUAAAAUUUUUUAUAAAGCAGCCCGAUAAGACUUAUAGUGUACCAACCAAAACAAAACGGGCAUGCUUUGAAGCAGACAUACAGCACAUUGAUAAGAGUCACCGCUUAAUUUCUCUGGCAUUCAGGCGCGAUAAGAACCAGCAGCCAAAGCAGAUACCAACAACUGCCCGAGAAUAUCCCGCAGAUCAAAGGUGUUGGACCCUCUGCUUUUAAGAGUUCGAAAACUCGCCCGGGGCGGACUUUUUUUAUAUGCCGAAGGUGGCUUGGCUAUCUUGGUAAACGGCACCGAAAACAAUGCAACUUAAAUCGGAUUAAUAAAAUUUGACUCUUGCAGUCCAGGCGCGAAAAAUUGGUAUGUCUUCGCACAAGUCAGAUGUUCGGUCCAAUGUUUGGGCCCAGCUAAUCAAGGUCGCCCGUCCGGACUCGAGGUUCCAUUUCAACUUUGCCGAGUUUAUUGCGGAUUUUGAGGGCUCUUCUGAGGCCACCUCCAGAUUCAAAAGAGAGCCCUCAUACACUGAAUCCAAGGUGCUCUUCAUCACCCCGGACAAUUGUCUUGAAGAGCUCAGGUAUGAGGCUCUUAAAGAUGGCAAAACUGUGCUUAUGACCACAUACGGGAUCUAUAGAGGCUUUUGGAUGCUUGACCCUAGCAAAAUCGAUCCACAAAGAUACGAGUAUGCUUCAACCUUGGAUGGUAUGGAGAAAGUAGGCAAACAUAUGACGUUGAGACAACUAAUAGACAUGAAACUUCGUGUAGAUGUGAUGAUCACGGGAACUGGUGCGAUUAACAAAAAAGGUAUAAGAUUUGGCAAAGGACACGGAUUUUUUGAUUGUGAAUGGGCGAUGUUGUAUACUAUUGGUUGCAUCAGCAAAUCCACUCCGGCAGUUGCGUUUGUGCAUGAUUGUCAGCUUUUGGAACAAGAGCUUCAGCCUGAGAUCUUCGACACUGUCUGCGACAUUGUUGUCACGAACACCCAGACUAUAAAAGCGGACCCCGUUCCUAAGCCAUACUGCGGAAUCCUAUGGGAUCUACUAGACCCACAAAUGUAUGAGUCUAUUCCGCCAUUGCAGGAACUGAAGGCAAUGAAUCUUUCUGUUCCAAAAUAAAAGAACAAAAAUUCCCUAUUCAUUUUCCCCCUUAUAUAACUAUAUCCUUUUUGCAAUAAUGAAACCAUUAAUUGUGAGCAAC